AAUAAAAGCAACACAUAUACAGAAGGACAUCCUCCAUCAGAAGGGUGCCCAGCAGUAGAGGCAGCAUUUUGGAAGGGAUUUUAAGGAGAAUACAACUUCCAGUGAAAGGUAAAUCACUAUGGACAAUAAAGAUGAACAUUUACCUAACUUCAAAGGCUAUAACUUUGAAAGGUCUUUAGUUAAAAUGAACAUAGUGGAAAACAUCGACAAUCAGGAAAUUAGAGAUGAUGAUGUCUUCAUAGUCACAUAUCCAAAAUCUGGUACCAUCUGGACACAACAGAUCCUCAGUCUGAUUUAUUUUGAGGGACAUAGGAACAACACUGAAAACCUCCAAACAAUGGACAGAGCACCAUUCUUUGAGUACAAUAUACGUAAUGUGGACUUUACCAAAAUGCCAUCACCUCGUAUCUUUUCUUCCCACCUCCUGUAUUAUUUAGUGCCAAAAGUUUUAAAGAACAAAAAAGUCAAAAUUCUUUAUAUCUACAGAAAUCCUAAAGAUGUUAUGAUCUCCUACUUUCAUUUUUCAAAUUUGAUGAUUAUACUUGAAGCCUCAGAUACUGUGGAAAUGUUUAUGCAAGAAUUCCUAGAUGGAAGAGUGGUAGGAAGCAAUUGGUUUGACCACAUAAGAGGCUGGUAUGAACACAGACAUGACUUCAAUAUUAUGUUCCUGAGCUAUGAAGACAUGAAGAAGGACCUCAGGGGCUCAGUGCUUAAAAUUUGCAGUUUUCUGGAGAAAGAACUGAGUGAAGAAGAUAUAGAUGCUGUUGUAAGACAAGCUACGUUUCAGAACAUGAAAUCUGACCUGCGAGCAAAUUAUGAAGAUAUAAUUAGAGAAGAAAUUGGGACAAGAAACGAUGAGGGAACAUUCCUCCGCAAAGGAACCAUUGGAGACUGGAAGCAUCACUUGACUGUGGAUCAGAAUGAAAGAUUUGACAGAAUAUUCGAAAGGAAUAUGAAAAACAUUCCCUUAAAGUUCAUCUGGGAUAUAAAUGAGGAGUAGAACUUUAAUUACCACGUGAAUUAAUCAUAUAAAAAUGUACUAACCAAAGGCCAUACUGUAAUACUAAAAUUAAUUUCUUCUUCUUACUUAAUUAUGAAUUAUAAAGCUCAAUUCUUUAAAGAAAUAAUUAGCUUAUGCUUAAUUUGCUGGCCAUAACAUUGAUUUCAAAAGUAGCUUUUAGCAUUGGUAUCUUUCACAAAAAUGGUAUAACAGAAAACAUAAAACAUGGCUUGUAGCCUUCAGAGAUUCUUGUAUAGUUCACAUUUUCUUUACCUUUAAUUAACUUAGGAUCAAGUAAACACGAAAAAUCCAUUUAAUCUUAACCUUAACUUUAACUGAUUGUUUUCAGAAUCAAAAUGACUGUUCAAAUGUGUUGUAUGAAAUAAAGCGAAAUGUCAUAUGAAAACA